AUGACGGCCACCAAGGAGCAGCCGAAGCAGAGGCAGAACCCGCCGCCGCAGGAGGAUGAGGACCUGGGCGGGGGGAGUCCUCCUCAGAGGAACUGGAAAGGGAUUGCCAUCGCUCUUCUGGUCAUCUUGGUGGUCUGCUCCCUAAUCACCAUGUCUGUAAUCCUCCUCACACCAGCUGACAGCCAAGCUGGAAGCAACACCAAACUGGCCGUGGAGGAUCUGUUCAAACCUGAGUUCAAGGUCCAUGACCCUGAGGCCAAAUGGAUCAAUGACUCUGAAGUCAUCUACAGAAACAGUGAUGGCCACGUAAUCAAGUUUAACAUCCUUACAAACGAAACAGAGAUUGUCCUGACAAACACAACAUUUAUUAAUUUCAACGUGGCCAAGUAUUCCGUUUCCCCUGAUCUGAAAUAUGUGCUCUUCGCUUAUGAUGUGAAACAGGUUUACCGCCACUCCUACAUGGCCUCCUACAGUAUCUACAACAUUCACACGCGGGAGGUCUGGGAGCUGGACCCUCCUGAGGUGGUGAACUCGGUUCUGCAGUAUGCCGCCUGGGGAGUGCAAGGCCAACAACUGAUAUACAUAUUUGAAAAUAACAUCUACUACCAAUCAGAUGUCAAGAGCAACUCCCUCCGGCUGACAUCCUCAGGGAAGGAGGGGAUCGUCUUCAAUGGGAUCGCUGACUGGCUCUAUGAAGAGGAGAUCCUUCAGACCCACGUGGCCCACUGGUGGUCACCUGACGGAGAGAGGUUGGCCUUCCUGGUCCUCAAUGACAGCCUGGUGCCCAACAUGGCUCUGCCUCGCUUUACUGGCAUGACAUACCCCAAAGGAAAGCAAUACCCAUACCCCAAGGCUGGCCAACCCAACCCAGUGGUGAAGCUCUACGUAGUCAACCUCUACGGGCCGACGCACACGCUGGAGCUCAUGCCUCCAGAGACGCUCAAGCUACGGGAACAUUAUGUGACCAUGGUGAAGUGGAUCAGCAAGACCAAGACCUCGGUCAGGUGGUUGAACCGGGCCCAGAACAUCUCCAUCCUGACUGUGUGUGACACCACCACUGGAGCCUGUGUCACGAGACAUGAAGAAAGCUCCGAGCUCUGGCUUUCCAAGCAGAACCAAGAACCGGUGUUCUCCAAAGAUGGCAGCAGAUUCUUCCUGACUGUCCCAGUCAAACAAGGAGGACGUGGAGAGUUUCAUCACAUCGCCAUGUUCACCACACAGUUCAGAGCAGAUCAAAAUGAAGUCCGACAUCUAACAUCAGGGAACUGGGAGGUGACCAAGAUAAUUUCCUAUGACGAGAACACUGAAAACCUUUAUUUUCUCAGCACAGAGGGUUCACCACGAAGACGACAACUUUUCAGUGUGAAAACGGUGGGUCUGUUCCCGCGGCGGUGUCUGACAUGCGAGCUGAAUAAAGCUCACUGUCUGUACUUCGAUGCCGACAUCAGCCCCGCAAACCAGCACAUUAUCCUCCGCUGUAAAGGUCCUGGAGCACCUACUGUCAUCCUACACAGCCUUAAUAACUCAAAUUACUACAUCCUGGAGAACAACUCUUUGCUGAAGGCGGCUUUGAAGUUCAAAAGGAUCCAGCUGACUGAUUUCAGAACUGUUCAGAUGGAACAUUUUGAUUUACCUUUGAAGAUCUCGUAUCCACCAGACUUCUCUGAGUCCCGUCACUAUGGACUACUGUUGCUGAUUGACAGCGCCCCCGGCGAUCAGGCUGUGACUGACCGCUUCUCUCUCGGCUGGGACUCGGUGCUGGUCAGUUCAGACAGCAUCAUCGUGGCUCGUCUGGACGGCCGGGGCAGUGGCUUCCAGGGUCAGAGGAUCCUGCAUGAGGUUCACCAGAGACUGGGAACCGUGGAUGUUCAGGACCAGAUCGCAGCUGUAGAAUUUAUGAUGAAAUUUCAAUUUAUUGAUCGGACACGGAUAGCAGUGUUUGGAAAGGGUUAUGGAGCGUACAUAACAUUAAUGAUGCUCAAGUCUACUGACAGCCUCUUCAAAUGUGCGUGUGCAAUGUCACCAGUGACGGACUGGAAACUCUAUGCAUCGGCGUUCUCUGAGAGGUACCUUGGCUUGCCAUUACGGGAUGACAGCAGAUAUCAGUUUUCCAGUGUGCUGCAGAACGUUCAGGCUCUUCGGGAGCAGACACUGAUGCUAGUGCACGGCACAGCAGACGCAAACAUCCACUUUCAGCAUACUGCUGAGCUCGUCAAGAACCUUGUGAAAGUUGGAGCAAACUACUCGAUGCAGAUCUACCCAGAUGAGGGACAUUUCCUAACACAGCAGAGCCGCCAGCACCUCUAUGCCACACUGACCAGCUUCUACAGGGACUGUCUGAAGGAGGAGCUGCUACCCAUACCUGACGAGGAAGAGGAGGAGGAGGAGUAG